CUCCAACAACAUUGCUGAUCGGAGAGCUGACAGAUGAGUCGGCCUCGCUUGGAGUUAAGAAUUCAUCACUCCGGAUCAACACAAUCGGAGGAGUCAGCCUUGGACCUGGAAAGGAACUACUAUGGUCAUCCUAAUCCUUCUUCCAGUCCCUCGCCCAUGCAACCUUUUGCUGCCGGUGCUCAGCAUUCAGAAAGCACCGCCGCGUAUUUUUCUUGGCCUACGUUGACUCGCUGGAACGAUGCGGCAGAAGACGGGGCCAACUAUUUUGGAAAUCUUCAAAAGGGAGUGCUACCUGAAACUUUGGGGCGAUUGCCAACAGGACAACAGGCUACUACCUUGCUUGAGCUGAUGACUAUUAGGGCAUUUCAUAGCAAGAUCUUACGGCGGUUUAGUCUUGGCACUGCCAUUGGAUUUCGGAUUAGAGGAGGUGUUUUGACUAAUACUCCAGCUAUUCUUGUCUUUGUUGCCCGUAAAGUUCACAGUCAAUGGCUCAACCCUGUUCAAUGCCUACCUGCUGCCCUUGAGGGGCCAGGUGGUGUUUGGUGUGAUGUGGAUGUUGUGGAGUUUUCCUACUAUGGAGCACCUGCACCAACUCCUAAAGAGCAAUUAUAUACAGAGCUCGCUGAUGGCUUAAGGGGAAGCGAUUCCUGUAUUGGCUCUGGUUCUCAGGUUGCAAGCCAAGAGACCUAUGGAACCUUGGGGGCUAUUGUAAAAAGUCGAACUGGAAAUCAAGAAGUUGGUUUUCUUACGAAUCGACAUGUCGCUGUUGAUUUGGACUAUCCAAACCAAAAAAUGUUUCAUCCGUUACCGCCAAGCCUUGGACCUGGUGUAUAUCUUGGUGCUGUUGAGAGAGCAACAUCAUUUAUUACGGAUGAUCUUUGGUAUGGCAUUUUUGCAGGAACAAACCCAGAAACUUUUGUGCGAGCUGACGGGGCCUUUAUACCGUUUGCUGAAGAUUUCAAUAUGAACAAUGUAACUACAUCUGUAAAAGGUGUGGGAGAGAUUGGCGAUGUGAAUGUGAUAGACUUGCAAUCGCCAAUAAACAGUCUCAUAGGGAGGCAAGUGAUUAAAGUUGGAAGAAGUUCUGGUUUGACUACAGGGACUAUUAUGGCCUACGCACUAGAGUACAAUGAUGAGAAAGGGAUUUGUUUUCUCACAGAUUUUCUAGUUGUUGGUGAGAACCAACAGACAUUUGAUCUCGAAGGUGAUAGUGGAAGCCUCAUUCUCUUGACCGGUCAGAAUGGAGAGAAGCCACGGCCUGUUGGCAUUAUCUGGGGCGGGACAGCUAAUCGGGGUCGUUUGAAACUAAAAGUUGGUGAACCCCCAGAAAAUUGGACAAGUGGAGUUGACCUUGGCCGACUUCUUGAUCUACUCGAACUUGACCUCAUAACAACAAAUGAGGCACUUCAAGCUGUGUUGCAUGAGCGAAGGAAUGAUUCCAAUGCUGGAAUUGGUUCUACGGUAGGCGAAUCCUCUCCCACCAUACCAACGAAAGAAAAGCCUGAAGGGAGCGUUGAGCCAUUUUGCUUGAACAAAGUUCCUGUUGAAGAUGAACCCUCCGAAAGAGUCAACCCAUCUUUAAAGAUUUGUGAAUUUGAUAACAUGGAUGAGGUUGAAACGGCUCCAAACGUAGAACACCAGUUCAUUCCAAGUUUUGCAGGUAAGUCCCCAGAGCACUCAAGCUACCGAAAAGGAGCCUUUGAAUUUAAGUCUCUUUCCGAACUUAGGAAUGGCCCCGACGAGGAUAGUUUUGUUUCCUUGCAUUUAGGAGAGCCUGAAACAAAGAGAAGAAAGUAUUCAAAUUCUUCUCUUUGCAUUGAUGAAUUAAAGUAACUGUUAGAAUUGAAACCGAAAAUAUGAACUCGACGAAGCAACGGUCUCAUGGCAUAGCUGUUCUCUUCAAAAUCAAAGGACUAAACACAGUUCACUUCUGCAUAAAAUUCAUAUUUUUUUUCUUUUUGUUUUCACUUGUUUUACUUGUUUCGGUAAAGUGAGAAUAUUAGUCACUUGUGAGCUAUAUAAUAUUUUAUAGAGGACAUUAAGGGCAUGAUUGGUUUGUUAAACCAAACAUGGCCUUAGAUUGCACUGUGUUAAAAUGAAUCUUUGAUUUUAUACCACUUUGUAGACUUUGUAAACAUAAGUACUCCUGAAGGAGGACAACUACUGUAAGUAAAAAGAAAUGUAAAAUAUAUACUUGUCAAGAAGCUUCAGUCUCUAA